CGCCCGCAGGAGCUUCCAAGUUCACAAACCGCUGGCUGUGUUUGGAUAGUUUGGAUAGCUGUCCCACGGAGUCAGAUACCACAGCCUCGGCGUUGUUACAGUUGUUGUGCUUUGGAUGAACACACGGACUCCAGGUCAACUUUCUGUUUUUGUUUUCGGGCCUCUAACAUUUGAGCGUUUAAACUUCCUUUUGUUGCUUUCUGGCUUUGUUUCUGUGUCCAGAGUGAUUUCUGUGGAUGGCGAGGUCUAACCAAGAUGGACACGGGCUGUCUGCCGGUUGAAGACUAGAUAACGGCUUCUCAAACUAAAUGUAGACUUUAUUUUUUUUUCGCGUGUUUUUCGUGUUUAUCCGUGAACUUUGUAGUCGCAGCAUUUCCAUCCCGGGGGUGGGGGAUCAAAAUCCUAUAAUGAACAUUUUCCCACUGGAGUUUCGGUAAACUUUUCCCACGACUCGCCAUGUCGGGAGUGGUCCGCACCCUGAGCCGCUGUCUGCUCCCGGCCGAGGCCAGCCGGGACCCCGGCGGCAGCAAGGAGAGGAGCCGGGAGAGAGACGCGGCGCAAGAGCGGGAGGCGAGGCGCAGGAGUCGGGAGAUAGACGCGAUGAUCGCCCGGGAGAGGAGAGCCAUUCGGCGGCUGGUGAAGAUCCUCCUGCUCGGGGCCGGGGAGAGCGGAAAGUCCACAUUCCUCAAACAGAUGCGCAUCAUUAACGGGCAGGAGUUUGAUCAGAAGGCACUUCUGGAUUUCCGGGACACAAUCUAUGAGAAUAUACUGAAGGGCAUGCGUGUGCUGGUGGAUGCCCGUGACAAGCUGGGUAUCAGCUGGCAGAGCUGUGAAAAUGAGAAGCAGGGCAUGCUGGUGAUGUCGUGGGAGGGCCGCGUAGGCGCUUCGGGGGUCGAGCCCAGUGAGUUCCAGCUGUACGUGAUGGCGCUGAGCGCGCUCUGGGCGGACGCCGGCAUACAGGAGGCCUACACGAGACGCUCUGAGUUCCAGCUGAGUGAGUCGGUCAAAUACUUCCUGGAUAACUUGGAUCGUAUUGGACAACUGAGCUAUAUUCCCAGCAAGCAAGACAUUUUGUUUGCGAGGAAGGCGACUAAAGGGAUUGUCGAGCACGACUUUGUCAUCAAAAAGAUUCCCUUUAAGAUGGUGGAUGUUGGAGGGCAGCGGUCCCAGAGGCAGAAGUGGUUUCAGUGCUUCGACGGGAUAACCUCGAUACUCUUCAUGGCCUCGUCGUCGGAGUACGACCAGGUCUUGAUGGAGGACCGCAGGACAAACCGUCUGGUCGAGAGUAUGAACAUCUUCGAGACCAUCGUCAACAACAAGCUCUUCCUGAACGUGUCCAUCAUCCUCUUCCUCAACAAGACGGACUUGCUGGUGGAAAAGAUUCGCACGGCCAACAUUCGCAAGAACUUUCCUGAGUUCAGAGGAGACCCUCGCAGGCUAGAGGACGUACAGGCGUUCCUGGUGCAGUUGUUUAGUCGUAAGAGGAGAAACCGAGGGAAACCGCUUUUCCAUCACUUCACCACUGCGGUGGACACAGAAAAUAUCCGCUUUGUCUUCCACGCCGUGAAGGACACCAUCCUGCAGGAAAACCUCAAAGAUAUAAUGCUGCAGUGACCUUCACGUCAUAGACGAUGGCCUCUCUGACUGUUAACUGUGAAACCAGCCGUGAAUCCAGGCCUGGAGGACUUCUGAGAAGGUCUCCUUUGAUCUGAAGCAACAAUGACCUGUGGAACCAUCACUUGACCCACGCAGAGUGGAUCUUAGUGACCUCUGAACCUGUGGAGCCCUGAAGCAACUCUGGACGUUUUGGCCCCUGUGGAAUCUCUAUGUUUAACCUGUAUAAAUGUGUGAAUGCUGUAAAAAAAAAGAAAAAGAAAAGAAAAAAGACAGUGGGCUUCUCCUUGCACAGGUUCCAAGAUGUGUAAAAAAUGUAGAGGAAAGCACCAACUACAUGACACGAGCACUGAACGUUGUUUUUCUCUUCUGUAUAUAAGACUCAUGACAACAUGUCACUAAACCCAGUCAGACUGCUGCCUGUUGAAAUGUAGCUCGAGCUGUGUGAAGACGCCGCGGGAGGGGAAAGAAGCGCAAAGAAAGAAUACGAGGAGGAAAAACAUGAGGUUUGGAGCUGAAAAAUACUGUCUUAAAGUACACCUGACAGAGGGAAGGGGGUUUGGGGUCCAUACUGGUCAUAUGCUGUGUUAUGUGAAAAGGUUGCACAAGUGUUCCUGUCAAUGAACUUCAGCAGAGGAGUGAGACUGAGCUGCGCUACACCGCUCGUCCUCUCCUGCCCCGUCUUUUCUUUCCUCGUCUUGUGUUAAUUCUCUUGUUCCCGCCAUUGUUCGAGAGAUCAACAGCUGCAGAUAACAAGUGUUAUUCUUCUAAUCCCACUCCUUCUCGGCACAAUAGACACAUUGUUCUUCUCCUCAGAAGUAGACGGUCAAAUUAGAGUCUCAUCUAAGCUCUGAAAAGUGCACGCAGCUCCUGGUUUCGUAUGAAUCCAUACACCUUUCCCGAGCUUUUCUCUCCCUUCUGUGAUUUCCAUAGCAUCCCAGUAGAUGCACCACAAUAGCCUAGACUUGACCUGAGGCAGUAUAAAAAGAAAUAUAGUAAAAAGUAUUUUAAAAAAAUCUACAAAAAAGCUUUGGCUUCUGGUUACGCUGCUUGUUCCUCUUCCCUUUGUCCUGUAAACGUGCCGGGAACAGCAGAAAAUGAAGAGAUUGAACUGCAGAUGACCUUAUCCCCGUGUUUCUUGUAGCCAUUUUGGACUUGUAGCAGUCGGGGUGGGAAGGCUUCCUAGCAAAAACACUGAGACAAUAACAAGUGACUUACACAAGCCAGACUUUUUUAAAAAAAGAAACAAAAAUCAUCACAGGGAAGCUAGUUUAAACACGUUCUGGUGACUGGCUAGUCUGUGAUUUCCUAAUGAGUUCCUAGAAAGUAUCCUGAACAAAGUAGUUGGUCAUGUAAGGAAAACAGGAAGCUGCCAGAAAGAAGUGCUGCCUUCACAUCCAAAUAUUUGAUUACUGUCAGAAAUACAAGUUCAGUGAUAAGCGACGGCUAGAGAUCAUUUAUUUAAAUGUCCGCUGCAUUGAAAACAAGAAGAAAAAAACUCGGAUUUAAAUUUUUAAAAAUACAACAUACUUAAAUUUAGGAAUCAAAACAAUUUCACUAAAGAUGUUCCAAUAUUUUAAAAAAGCUUUGGUCAAUGCUGCGUAUAUGAAAGGGAAAGAUCGGCUCAAGGUAACAAAUUCACAGAUCAUCGGUCAUCAUCUGAAAACCCUCGGGUGUGUCCAGCGUAAGGCUGAUCUAAGACUUCCUGUUCCAUUGAUUGCCGAUUGUUUAUGAAUGCAGUUUUCUUUUAAAAUCAGGUGAUGGCAGAUGUUUUUUUCCAAAUUGCACAUCGGCAAAUGUGUUCCUCUUGUUCAUCUAUCAGACGUUCUUGACUGCAAAUGGAAACCAGAGCAUUUCUGGUGCCUGUUGACCUUCAGACAAUUUCUAUGCAUAUAUAUACAAAUAUGUGUAUCGUCGUGCUCCUCUAAAGUUCCCUCCAGCUUUAUAUGAAGUUUCAUAGUGUCCUUGAGCUCAUUGUUUUGGUUUUAGAGUCUCCAACAUUACUUGUUUGGUUCACUCUCACCACUCACGGCCUUGUUUCCAUCCCAAAAAAGUCCUAAAAACCAACCACACUGCACUUCUUUCCGAACGCUAAACUGCAGCCGGACAAAAAUAGCAGCCAGCCUGUGAACAUAGUGGACUAUUUAGCAGCUGAAAUGUCAGAUAUUUGUUCAGCAGGAGGUGCACAGCGAAAACCGAAAAAGCCACAAGAGUUUAUAUUACCCAGUCCAUCAAGAUGUCUUGAUUUGAUUGAUUUGAAUGUAAUGACUGGAUUUUUUUCUGCAUUGGGUUAACCUGAUAACUGCAGAAAUAUUUUGUUCAGUGCAAGUUUUUCCAGUGUCAGACAUGUAAUGCAGGUAUAAAGGUGAAAUUAUAAGUCAAGUAACCAGCAGGUUAACUAUGAAUGCAACCAGUCACAAUAUGUCCUGUUACGUAGCUUAUCUGCAGUUUUAACAAACGUUAUGCACUGAUUUCUGAUGGUGGUUAAACUGCUCACAGGAGCAUCCCUCAUACUUUGUACAUUUUUAAAAACUACUUUUUUCCCUCCAAUCAAGUGAGGUUAAGUGAAAACCCCUGAUUUGCAUUUUGGUAUGCAGCAGUCGGACACAGCCGGGCUGCUCUUCCCACCCCGAGUAAUAAGUCUGCAUUGCCUCGAAUGCGAAUGAGUCAAACCGGGAACGUUCCCACUCUCGCCUCGUUCUGAUACUGUAUUAAAACUGUGUUUGUGUUGAUAAAUCCUGUACAUUAAUUACUGUAAGUAUGUGACUGACACUGUGUGCACAUCCUAAAAUACAAGCGGCACUCUGUCUAACGGUAUCACUGUAACUAUAACUGCUCUGUUGGUGUCGUUAGCUAACCUACCUUGUUUUCCUCUCACGCUUAACUUUUUUUUUUUUUUGUCGUUUUGUUUAAUUUUGUAAUUGUCGUCAUUGCACUGGAUGUGUCCGAGAGAAAAUGAGCAGAAAGGAAAACGCCUGGGGAAGAAAAAGGCAAUGAAACAAACAAACAGAUGCAGACGCUGAAAGGCGAACAGGAUGAAGGUCGGGAGGGUUGGCGGGGGGGAUGAAAAGAGGGAGGUCUUCUGCCUUUGUUUUUUUGUUUUCCAGUGCCUUGGCUCUGUGCUCUGUGGUGAAAUACACUGCCGUUUGCUGACACGCUGUUUCUUUAUUUUCUCAGUGUGGCCGUCUUUUGUGUGCUUGAGUGUGUAUGCGGUAAAGCAAGAGGUCGAGCCCCUCUGAGCUGGAAAGUGAAGAGUGGUAGAAAGAUUAGCGGAGAGGAGUUGAGGGAGGAGGGGUGGGGGGGGCGGAUAGAUGUGAGGAUUUUUAAGAAAUGUUUUUGAGCUCCGAAGGAGAAACGCGGGGGCAAAUAAAUUCAAAUAUGUUUUUCUAAUGUCCUGGGGCCGUUUAAUCAGUAUUUAUGAACACGAGAAGCUCUCUUGCGAAGCCAGAGAGUUGAAGCUCCUGAUAAGUAAUGUCACACUGAUCUACAACCUAGGCUAACCGUAGGCCCUCAUCCCACAUAAUGUAACAUGAAACUCAUCAACCAGAGCUAUCAGACCACUGGGCAUGAGAGUAAAGCUGAAGUCUGGCAAUAUCUCUGUUACCCAGCAGAGUCUGACCUUUGCUUUGGCUUUUAAUCAGAGGAGCUCUGCUGCAUAACAGACUCCAAGUCUCAGGAGAGAGGGAGGGAGCCCAGAAACAACUAGAGCAGACCAGAGUUCUAGUGUUGUUUUAGAAAUCACUGGUUAACAUAGAUUUAUUUACACAGGAAGUAAGCAGAGUGUAAUUUAAGGUCCGCUCAGGCACGCCGCAGAAAUGAAUGUGACAGCCAUACGAGAGCUCCCGGCUCCAGAAGAACACUGAAGUGACCUUGUGAAUGGGUAGGCGCUGACUAAGGGGGGGAGGGACGGACAAAGGGAGGAAGAGGGAAUACAGGGAAAAGUAAGAGGAUAGAGGGAGGGAGAGAAGAGAAGGGGGAGGAGGUCAUGUUUCCUCUGUUGAGCCCACUUCCUGUCCUGAUCCCAAAAUGGAGAGACUCAGAACGACAUCGCUCAGGCUGUUUCGAUCGCCUGCCCCUCUUCACCCCACAGCACAAACUCACACACACACACACACACACAGAGGCUAGCACACAUCAGAGAAAACCUAACCAGCCUCCCGCGGUGUCGUACAAAGGAGAUGAGAGGAAAAAGCAGGGAGCAGAAAAAUAUAUCCCAGUGGUCUCUGAAACAUAAGGAAGCAUUCGUUUAUAGAAGCUGAGAGGCACAGGACAUUUCGUCCUCGCACUGCAUUUCAACGUUUGUGUCUGAUGUGUAGCCUGUGUGUGUGUGUGUGAGAGAGAGAGAGACAGAGAGUAUCAAUGCUAAAUUCUACACCAUAGUCAACACCAGCAGGUCUGUGCAGGAUAUUCUUAUAGUUGAACUCAAUUCAACCCAAGGAGGAGUUUAUUUCAAAGUGAAAAUAUAAAACUGGGGUAGCACUUUAUAAUAAUGUCACACUGUUAAGCAUUAGAAAGGUAUUAGUAAGGUGCCUAAUUCAGUUUUGGACAGUGAAUAUUCUAUAUACAUGUAUAUAUUAUUUAUAUGAUAGUUAGCACUAAUUAAGAUAGGUAUUUAUAUCGGUGCACUGCAGCCAUCCAGUCUUUAUGUGCAGCUUGCUAAUAACGACUCACUUCUCUGCCAAAAACAAACCAAAAUAAACACAAAAUGGCAGGAAAUGAUGCAAAGCUUUUUAAUGCAAUGGAUAAAAGGUGAUUGUAGCCAUUUUUAUUACUUUGCCUCGAGCAACCAAAGUAAAUCAAGAAUAAUGUAGAAACACCAUUUUUAGCCACAAACCAACUCACAGAAAUCAAAAGAGGACUUCUCUGUUUGUUGUUACAGCAAUAACGUAACGUAAUUGUUGCCUACCCGAAUAUCCACAGACCUGAGAGCCAUCACGCACAUUUAUCUGUUAUCUGUGUGCGAGUGUGUGUGACUGUGGGUUCGAGUGUGUAUACAGCUGCAUGUGUGCAGCGCAGUGAAUUUAGUCUCAUGACUUUGGUUAAGCUGAUGUUUCCCUAAGGCUGUUUUGAUUGGACCUACAGCUGAACUCUGAUAUUUAAUAAUGAGCCGGGUACUCCCUCUGUUUUUCUCCACUCACACACACACACACACUGACCAAACGACUGAAUCAGAGAUAAACGAGCAUAAAGUAUGAACGAGUGGUUCAUUAGCUGAUGAUUUGGUCAUGACAGAUAGCUGCUCCCCAGGCUUUCAGAUCAUUAAACCACUUCUGUUUAAGUUCACACUGACAGUGGAAUUAACUGAUGUCUGACAUCUUAUCUGCUCUACGGGAUGUGUUUUUGAGGGCAGAUUGUUAAUCAGGCCAAGACGAACGCAAGAGAACAGUUUUACAUGUUUGGACGGUGACCGCAUAUACACAAGUACACAGCUUUAAUCUGUUACUUAAUAACUUUAAUAAUAAUGGAUUGCAUUUAUAUAGCGCUUCACAAUACCACUGGUGAA